GCACGCAGUAAGCGCUCAAUAAAGACGAUUGAUGAUGAGGAUGAAGUUCCCAAGUGGCUGAGCCUCGCCUCCUUUUCCUCCUCCUCUUCCCCUGCCCCCUCCCCUCGGGCCGGACGCCCUCCCCACCCAGGCCAGCGCCGCAGCUAGACGCCCGGAACUGAAACUCCGGAGGUUUGAGGAGGAGGAGGAGAAAGUCUUCGACCGUCCGGGGGUGUCCGUGCAGCCCCCCAGGGCUCGGGGGGGCGAGGGGCCGGUCCCACCAUGCGUCAGGGCGCGCUGCUGGGCCUGGCACUCCUGGCCUACUUGGGUUACCUGGCACUGGGCGCCCUGGUGGUGUCGGCCAUCGAGAGGCCGCACGAGGGGCGUCUACGGGCCGAAUUGCGGGUCCUGAAGGGCGAACUGUUGGGCCGCAGCCCCUGCCUGGCCGAGCCGGCCCUGGAGCGGUUCCUGGAGCGGGUGCUGGCGGCCGGCAGGCACGGGGUGUCCGCCCUCCGCAACGCCAGCGCCCCGUCCAGCUGGGACUUCGCCUCGGCCCUCUUCUUCUCCGGCACCCUGCUCACCACCGUGGGGUACGGCUACACCACCCCCCUCUCGGAUGGGGGCAAGGCCUUCUCCAUCUUCUUCGCUCUGGUCGGGGUGCCCUUCACCAUGCUGGUGUUCACGGCCACGGCUCAGCGGCUGUCGGCCCUCUGCACCGCGGCGCCCCUGACCCACCUGCGCCUCCGCCUCGGCUGGGACCGGCGCCAGCUCGCCCGCUGCCACCUGGUGCUGCUGCUGCUGACCGUGCUGACCCUCUUCUUCCUGGUGCCCGCCACCAUCUUCGCUCACCUGGAGGAGGCCUGGACCUUCUUGGAUGCCUUCUACUUCUGCUUCAUCUCCCUGACCACCAUCGGGCUGGGGGACUACGUGCCGGGGGAGCAGUUCGGGCAGAAGAACCGGGCGCUGUACAAGGUUCUGGUGACCGCCUACCUGUUGCUGGGCCUCGUGGCCAUGGUGUUUCUGCUCCAGACCUUUCACAAGGUGGCCGACCUCCACGGCCUCACCGAGCUGGUGCUGCCCCCCGCCACCGCCGAGGAAGAAGAGGAAGACGAUCGCGCGGGCAUCCUGGCUGCCGGCCCACCCAACUCUGCCUUCCCACCCGCCCAUGCCAACUACUCCAGCAUGGACCGGUAGCCCCGGCUUGCCGCCCCUGUCCCCUGCGGGGCAGGGGCUGGCACCGCUCCUGGGCAGGACUGACCCUCUCCUGUGGCCUCGGCCCCUCCUCUGGUGACCAACCCCUCAUGCCUGUGGAGACAUCAUUCAGAUUAUAUUUUUUUGUGGCAUUUCA